AUGGGAAGCAAGAGGAAGUGUGUACCAUUGCAAUUAGAGACUAGCCAGACAAACAAGAAGAAGCACCAUGGCGAGAAGCAAUACAAGGUGUCAAAAACGAAGCAGGUGAGCAGAUUGGCAGCCCAGAAGAAGCAGGAGAAGGCAGCUAAACCGACAGUUCUGGCCAACUCCAAUUGGAUGGCUCUCAAGAGCAAGAUCCAGCAAAAGAACCAACGCCACAAAAGCAGCCAGAAUUUUGAAAAGAAGCACGACCUAGAUGUAAAAGUACAGAAGCAACGGGUAAAGCAGGAGAGGCAGGCGAAGCGCAUGAAGGCCCGAACUGCCGUAUGGGUGAACAACUCGUGUAUCGUUGCCAUGGAUUGCGAAAUGGUAGGCGUCGGUCUUUCAGGCAAGACCAGUGUACUUGCACGCUGCAGUAUUGUGGACUACGAGGGCAAUGUACUAUACGACAAGCACGUGCGACCAGUGGAAAAAGUCACGGAUUUUCGGACCCACGUCAGUGGCAUCCGCUCUAGUUCGCUUCGAAAGGCAAUUCCCUUUGCUCAAUGUAUCAAGGAGGUGGGCAAACUUAUGCAGGACAAGAUUGUUGUGGGUCAUGCGUUGAAAAACGAUUUUCAAGCUCUUAUGUUCACGCCGCCGAAACACCUCAUUCGAGAUACCGCCUAUUACCGACCGUACAUGCGUCGCAAAAUUAAUGGCACGAAAUUGUAUCCCAAAUCGCUGAAGCACUUGACCGAGGAGGUGCUGGGCAAGCAGAUCCAAACCGGACAGCAUGACUCUGUUGAAGAUGCUCGUGCGACACUAGAGCUGUACAAACGCGAGCAGUACGUGUGGGAGAAGUAUUUGCGCACGUCGAAAAGCAGCAGCUCGUUGGUUGGUGUGGCACCCGCUUUGCCGGAGAAAGAGGUAGAUGACGACGUUCUCAAGCCACUUACUGCUGUUGAUAAAGCUCAUCUAGACAGUGACAAUGAAGAGUUAAGCAUUGGUCGUCGCUUAAUGGCUGUCCCAGAUUCCAAGGAGCUUGCCAUGAUGGAAUACGGCGAGUAA